AGCUCCUCAAGGGGAAACUCCGGAACAGAUCAUGACACGACAGCUGUUCGAGAUUAACUGGAUCGUUUGCAACUUUACCACACCAGCGAACAUGUUCCACGCUUUAAGGCGACAAAUUCUCAUGCCAUUCCGAAAACCACUGGUUAGAUACGGUUCAAUUUGCCUGUAGUUUGAGGAGUCCUUCUAAUGAUUGCUUCCUUUUUUUAUUUCCUCGAAAGUGACAGAUACCUUCCAUUGUGUGUAUCUUGGAAUUAGAAUCCCCAAUGCGUCAGAGUUGUAGCAUUUAGAGCUCCCUUACUCUUAAAACCAUGAAAAUUCGAGUUCAUCGCGACCAAACACAACUAAAGAUAUUUUACAUCGCAGUUCCUGUUCAAGCUGUAAACAUUGUAUUCGUUCGUUCGCUCAGAUCGUCAUGUCACCUAAAUCCCUGCUCCGUCAUCCAAUGGCCCUGUCGUCUUUCAAAGAAAUGGAACCCGGCACUUCGUUUCUGCCAAUUCUCCCAGAUCCCCUCGUCAAACCGGGAACCAUACAAAAGGUAUUAAUCUGCAGUGGGAAGGUGUACUACGACCUGGCCGCGGAACGUCAAACGAAGAAAUUGGAAGAUAAAAUAGCAAUCAUACGAAUCGAGCAACUUUGCCCCUUUCCGUAUCACCUCCUCGCUCAGGAAGUGGCGAAAUACCCUAACGCCAAGAUCAUGUGGUUGCAAGAAGAACACAAAAACCAGGGUCCUUAUGGUUACGUGAGGGACAGGAUAGCGCUAGCCUUGGGACUCCGUUUGGAAGACGUCGUUUACGGCGGUCGACUGCCAGCGGCUGCUCCAUCGACUGGCAGCAAGAUCAUUCACACAAACGAGUACAAAGAUUUGAUGUCGGUUGCUAUGAAUCUUAAUUAAUUCGCGGAUAUUUCAAGUUCAUAGAAGGACGUACUAUUUUGAUUCGUAUAAAUUCAGCGGGAGUGCGUGACGUAUAGAGAUAACAUCUCGAAUCAAUAGGUAAAUAAUAUAAUCAAAAAAUGAUCGUAAUCGACGUUCUUGAUCAAACCGAUUAAACCUCCGGUCACUUUCUCGUAAAAGUUACUUUUUUAAUCGGUCGAAAACUCACUCACCGAUAGACAUAAGUAUUUUUUGUGUGUUUUUCUGAGGUACGGGCAACACCUUCCAUUGUAACGAUUCCACAUUGCAUUUUCUUUUCACCGUGUUAUCGUUUGGUUCGCAAAAUUGUUGAGCAAUCGCAAAUACAACGGACAACUACACGCUGCGAUAAGUAAAACUGAACUUGAGAUUUCUCUACGCUUGGAUGGAUGGUGCUAAUAGACAGCAUGUCCUACACGUGUGUAUGUAUAGAUUCGAUGGGACUAUUGCACCUAUAUCUGACUUCCUGAUGCGAUGCGGGUCGUCCAUGUAUAGAAAUACAUUUAUCGUUCCGAGGUCAAUGUCGUUCAAAAUUUAUUACAGUGAAAAACGAUCGCAAUGUUUCCUAAAGUUGUCCGUGAGAGUUUACGAUGCAACAUUGUGUAAAUUAACGUCCACUGUAUCAAAAUGUAUCGUGUACAUAGCUUAAAAAUUGUAUAUGAAAUAUAUGCCUAUGGACUG